CAUCUUCUCUCCGUGCAGGCCCGCACGCUUCUUCAAUAGCCUCACGUGUUCAUCUGGUCAAAGGUAGAUGGGGAGCACAAAGCGUGUGGGUACGUGAGUGCUGUCCGGGGUUACGGUGGUUACUUAAUGGUUUCUAAAUUGGGAUUUUGUCGGUUGUUGGAGGGUGAAUUUAAUGCACUGGCGUAUCCCGGUGGUUGCCUAGUAACGCGCUGGCAGUGGGCGCCGUAGAGAGAUCUCUAUGGUGGGCGCUCCAUUAAAACCGUUGGCGCUCCUGACCUUGGCGUCGUAUAUGCGCAAAGCACACAGACUGUGCAAAGCAGGAGAUAAGAGUAAAGAUCCGUGUGUGUGAUACUGAAACCGGGGAGAUAUUUCACACACACAGGCUCAUCGUCUUAUAGCGACACUGACGGGCAUGGUAUGGAGGAAAUCUCGAGAUGGAGCGCGUAUCAGCUUCUGUAAAAGCAGAUUUGUGUGGACUGCAAUGAAAAGCGGAAGUUGUGGCCGUCCAUACCUGGCUGAGGUGUAUUCGGAUUUGCUAACAGCCGAAGACGCAGUGAGUGAUGUCUGUUUGACAGAGUCCGUGCAGAGGGACUGAGCGGACACUACAGUGUGCAUUAGUGCUGUGCAAGGGCACUGUCCUGCCCAGACCAUGUGGCUGGCUACAUUUAGAGACCAUCUGUUGCCUGCACACCUGCUACAUCAUCAAGGGACUGUAACCAUCACCCACUGUGCUCUUCUUUGGUGGAUACUAUGUUCCUGCUGGUCAUUCACCAAGGCAACAAGCCAGAAAUUCUACCCGACAGUGACCACCCAGUUCGGGAAACUGCGAGGCCUCAGGGUUCCCGUGCCGAGCGAGGUGCUCCGGCCCGUUGAUCAGUAUCUGGGGGUCCCCUAUGCUGCUCCGCCUGUGGGCGAGAAGCGCUUCAUGCCCCCUGAUCAGCCCUCCUCUUGGUCAGGUAUCAAGAAUGCUACCCACUUCAUGCCUGUGUGCCCUCAGAACAUCCACAACACCGUGCCAGAGAUCAUGAUGCCCAUAUGGUUCACCUAUAACCUGGACACAGUAGCCACGUACAUUCAGGAUCAGAGCGAGGACUGUUUAUAUCUAAACAUCUACGCUCCAACAGAGGAUGGGAGCCAACACAGGAAAAAGGGGGCGGCUUUCUCACAUGCUGAGACUCAUAUAUCUGAAGAUAUAAGGGACUCUGAAGCUCGGCCUGUGAUGGUCUACAUCCACGGAGGCUCCUAUAUGGAGGGCACUGGCAACAUGAUGGACGGCAGCGUGUUGGCCAGUUAUGGGAAUGUUGUUGUCGUCACGCUCAACUACAGAAUUGGAAUAUUAGGCUUCCUCAGUACUGGUGACCAGGCAGCAAAAGGAAACUAUGGACUCCUGGACCAGAUUCAAGCUCUCCGUUGGAUCAGUAAGAACAUUGGAUACUUUGGAGGAGACCCUGGUCGCAUUACAGUUUUUGGAUCUGGAAUUGGUGCUUCGUGUGUCAGUCUGCUAACGCUGUCCCACCACUCAGAGGGUUUGUUCCACAGAGCCAUCAUCCAAAGCGGCUCAGCUCUAUCCAGCUGGGCUGUCAACUACCAACCAGUCAAGUACACUCGCAUGCUGGCUGAGAGGGUUGGCUGCAACGUGCUGGACACCGUGGACAUGGUCUCCUGCCUGCAGAAGAAGAGCGCGAGGGAGCUGGUCGAGCAAGACAUCCAGGCUGCCCGAUACCGCGUCGCUUUCGGUCCUGUCAUUGACGGAGACGUCAUUCCGGAUGACCCAGAGAUCCUGAUGGAGCAGGGCGAGUUCCUUAACUAUGAUAUAAUGCUAGGUGUUAAUCAGGGAGAAGGGCUGCGCUUUGUGGAGAACGUGAUGGAUCUGGAGGACGGCGUGUCUGGCAGCGACUUUGACUUUGCAGUAUCAGACUUUGUGGACAGUUUGUAUGGCUACCCAGAAGGCAAGGACACACUGAGAGAGACAAUUAAAUUCAUGUACACAGACUGGGCUGACAAGGACAACCCGGAGACCAGGAGAAAGACCCUAGUGGCCCUCUUCACUGACCACCAGUGGGUGGAGCCCUCAGUGGUGACGGCUGACCUACACGCCCGCUAUGGCUCGCCUACAUACUUCUACGCCUUUUACCACCACUGCCAGAGCCUCAUGAAGCCAGUGUGGUCAGACUCAGCCCACGGAGAUGAGGUGCCUUAUGUGUUUGGCAUCCCAAUGGUGGGCCCAACUGACCUGUUCCCCUGUAACUUCUCCAGGAAUGACAUCAUGCUCAGCGCUGUGGUUAUGACUUACUGGACCAACUUUGCCAAGAGUGGGGAUCCCAACAAACCAGUGCCACAGGACACCAAGUUCAUCCACACCAAGGCCAACCGCUUUGAGGAGGUGGCCUGGUCCAAGUACGACCCCUAUGACCAGCUGUACCUACACAUUGGCCUGAAGCCUCGUAUCCGUGAUCACUACCGCGCCACCAAGGUGGCCUUCUGGAAACACCUGGUGCCCCAUCUCUACAACCUCCAUGACAUGUUCCAUUACUCCUCCACCACCACCAAGGUCACCCCGCUGGAUCCCACCCAGUCCAACGGUAAGAGGUCAGGCAGCACCGGCAGGCCUCCUGUAUCCACUGCCCACAACGACGGCGAAGGUGGGAGGGAGAUGGGCCCUCUAAUCAUGCCAAACCCGAGAGAUUACUCCACAGAGCUCAGCGUCACCAUUGCUGUAGGGGCAUCACUGCUCUUCCUCAACGUCCUGGCCUUCGCUGCUCUGUACUACCGCAAGGACAAACGCAGUCGGCAGGACACGUCCCAGCAGCCCAGUCCCCAGCGUGACAGCAAAGGCAACAACGUGAGCCACACCAACACUAUAGACGAGACCCUGUCCCAGCCAAGGAACCAGUGUGAAGCCCUUCACAAUCCUCUCCACGUCUCGCCCACCUUGGACUACUCCCUGAGCCAGCGCCGCUCCCCUGAUGACAUCCCACUGAUGACCCCUAACAACAUCACCAUGAUUCCCAACUCCCUGAUGGGCCUCUCCAACAUGAGUCCGUACAGCACCUUCCCUGCUGGUUACAGCUCUGCAGGCCUGCCCAGCACCCACUCCACCACUCGGGUAUAACCUGGCAGGAGAUGAGAGGAGAUGGGAAGGAGAGCCGAGACGUACAUAAAACAUGGAAAUGUAAAGCUGUAUUUAGGAUGUGUAGGUAAAAUAGGAUUGAAUAUGUUCGUUCUGUCUUUUCCAAAGGUGUACAACCACCAACAUCCUGCCUUUGCUCUCUCAUAAUAGGAAGUCUAACUGCAGAGUCAUUUUAUAAUAAUCAUUUUCAAAAGCAGGCAAAAAGAAAAAGUGCAUUUCAUUUUCCACUUUGGCUUUUUUGGAACUUUACCUAGCAAGAACUUAGUAUAAUGUUUAUACAGUUGGAUUUGUAUGGGAAGCUUUUUCUUACUCUGUGAUAUCUAUUUUGAUCUCGUGGAACAAAGUGACAUUACAACUCGUGGUGGACAGAGAUGAGAUCUGGGGAAAAGCUGAAAAGCAGUAUUAUUAUUAUGAUUAUUAUUAUUAUCAAGCUAUUUUAUACAUAUUUCUCAUGGUACAUUGCUUAUUAUGAAAAUGUAUUUUUACUGUAAUUACUUUAAAAUGCCUUGUAACUCGCUCACAUAAGGAAUUACUGUGGUAUCAUUACAACAAUGGAUUGAAAUUUUACUGGUCACACGUGGUAAUAAUGUCCAGUUUAUCCAAAAUAUUUCUAUCUAGUAGUGCAAAAUAUAGCACUGCUGUGUGGGUGUGUGUGAUUGGGUACGAGUGUGUGGGUAUGUGCUGAGAAGUGCGCAACAAAAAUGUAAAUUAGGCAUUGUUUGGAAUUAACCAUUCGGUUUUGCAUAUGUAGUGUUGUGUAAUCUAUUGUAGUCUAUUUGAGUAACCUUGCUAUAUUUUUGUUUCACGUGUCAACAAUUUUGCUUAAAUACAUUGUAGGAAUAUAACUUCUGCUUUACUAUAAAAAGAAACUUGCUUAAAAUGUGUUUUCCUACUCCAACCAACUCAUGGUUCUUUUGGCUUGGCUUCUUUGUACAGAAUAAACUUAGACCAACAUUUUAUUUGUCGUUUGUUUAUGAAUACUGUAAGGUCUUCAGAAAGAUAACUGUAAUUGCAUUGUAAUUGUAUGUAUACCAACUCAAUUAUUCACAUUUAAAAAGGAGUUUCAUGAGACUUACAGAUUAUUGCUCCUACUCCAGGUGGUUUGGACCCCGUGCGUACCGAGAUAUAUCCAGGGGUCACUCUUUACUGAAUGGACAUGAUGGACAUCAAGCUUUGAGAUUUGAUUUCUUUGAACCUAUCAUAAUGUUGUUUAAUCUAAAUGAGACACUAUUAAAAGAUUUU